AUGCCCUCAACAAUAACUUCUGAUGCUCGUCGACGUUACAAUUCAAUAUUUAACAGUUAUGAUAAAUCUCGGUCUGGACAUCUUAGUGGAGAAGACGCCAGAAAAGCGCUUACUAGAUCAGACCUUGAUAAGGACACAUUACGUAAAAUAUGGGAGUUAGCUGAUGUUGACAAAGAUGGCCGUCUUAGUUCUGAUGAAUUUGCAAUUGCUAUGCAUUUAAUAGAGAGAGCACAAAAAGGAAUUGCUCUGCCCACUUCAUUACCUCCAGGGUUGCUGUCAAAGGAUGUACCUCCUCUGUCACCAGGUGUGAGAUCUGUGAGCAAUUUUGAAGAAAAGAAAGAAAACUUUGAUUUGGGAAGAGCUGAACUGGAAAGACGUCGACGCGCUCUAUUGGAAGAAGAAAAGAAAAUUAAAGAAGAAAAGGAACAGAAAAGGAGAGCUGAAGAAGAACGUCAACGACAAGAAAUGUUACGAAUUGAAGCAUUCAAACAAGCAGAGUUAGAGAAACAACGUCAAAAAGCUUUAGAAAUUGAGCGAGCACGAGAGAAGGCUUUACAACAAGCUGCUUUGCAGAGAGAAGCUGAAGCUCGUGAAACUGAAAGAAAGAGAAAAGAAGAAUGGGCUAAAAGAAGAAAAGCUGAAAUUGAAGCAGAGAAGAAUAAAGAGAUGGAGACCAUGUUAAGUCUGAAACAUUAUCAUCAAGAACUUUUAGAACAGUUAACUAAAACUGAGUUAGAAAAACGCACUGCUAAGUUGAGAGCAGACCAACAAAGAACAUACUGUGUAGAGUUAGCUCAAAUGAAGGAGGGUCAAAAGGUGCUGAAACUGAUGGACCAAUGUCGUAUAUUGUCUGGUAAUGUCACGAGUCUUAAAGUCAGCCUAACUCAACAUAUUAGUCAAUAUGAACAACUGAAGAAUACUGUGAAAGAGAAGAAGAUUCGAUUAACAGAAAGACAGAAAGAAAUACAGAGACAACAACAAGAACAAGAGAAAAAGAAGGCAAUUGAAGCUGACCGCAGAAUGAAAGCUAUAGAACAAGCUCGGAAAAGUGAGACCCCAGCUGUUCCUAUAUAUGAAUCACUUGAAGAUAUACAAGCUCGCAAAGUAUCAGUUCAAGAACCUAUUCAGAAGCCAACCUUACCUCCAAAACCUACCUUUUUAAAACAUAGCUUAGGGGCUUUAAAUAAGUCUGUUGGAAAACCUCCUCUCCCACCCAAGCCACGCCCACUUGAUGAGACAUCAACCCCACAUGAGACAAUUGUGCCUAAACUACCCCCACCAGAACCAAUUACACCCAAGCCACGCCCACCAGAUCCAAUUACACCUAAACCAUGCCCUCCUGAUCCAAUUACACCUAAGCCACGCCCACAAAAUCCCUUUGCACCUAAGCCACACCACCAGCUGACACUACGAAGUUUUAGUUUCUCCGCUACCUGUGAGGAAGAAGUAUCAUUUACACAAGGAGACAGAGUGUAUGGUUGUCAAGAGAGCCAGAGUGCUCAAGAUGGCUGGGUAGGUUGGUUUCCAGGGAAAUAUGUCAAUGAAAUAGUAAAUGAUGACACUGUUGAGUCUCUUCUUCCCUCGUCUGACCAAUAUAAAGCAAUUUAUACUUUUGAGGGACAGCAUGAUGGAGACCUUCCUUUUAUGGAAGGUGAUAUUAUUAUAGUAUUAAAGAAAGAUGGAGAAUGGUGGCUUGGGGAAGCUAAUGGCAAAAAAGGGUUGUUCCCUUCAACUUAUGUUAGCCCUGUCCCUCAGACGUCUUCGUUGGAUAUACCAACUGAAACCACACCCUCUGGUACACGUAAACGACAGUUAGUUGGUCGCGUUAUUGUUGGGUUUAUUGCUGAACAAGAGGGACAACUGAGUUUAACCCCUGGACAAUUAGUACUUGUAAGAAGACAAGAACCUAAUGGAUGGUGGGAGGGACAGUUACAAUCUCGAGGAGUCCAGCGGAAAUGUGGGUGGUUCCCAUCUAAUCGUAUUGAGUUACUUACUCCUGGUCAAAGCCCCGGGACAUCCACACCUGCACCAAGUUCUGGUGGACUGGUAUUAGCUCUUUAUACUUACCAGUCUACAUCACCUGAUGAACUUACUUUCCAUAAAGGAUCAGUUAUUACUGUCUUAAGUAAAGAAGAGGGAGACUGGUGGAAAGGAGAAGUGAAUGGAAGGACAGGUCUGUUUCCUAGCAACUAUGUACAGUCUUUAGACACCUUGAAAACAUCAGAUGCUUCACGAUAUGAUAGUCGUAGAAUGACCUUACGAGAAUCAGCUCGUGGUAAAUUGUUAGUAACUGUCAUUGAAGCGGCUGAUUUAAUAGCAUCAUCUGAUGGUAAAAGUGAUCCAUUUUGUGUCGUCAAAAUUGGAGAGAAUCAAGAAUCGGCCACACCCACUAUUCAAGACAUUUGA